CCGAUCCUGGAAGAUUUUUUAAGUGGCGCGCCAUGCGCCGCUGUGGUAGAAAAUUUGGACCGGCUCCUUGCAUCCAUCGAUCCGCCCAGCUCCUCCGGCCGGCGCGCUCCGAGCUCGGCUCGAGUACUCCGAUCCACUAAAGACGAGCUGGCUACGCCAUUGGCGCUACAUACGAAUCGAACCUCUCCUAAUUUUCUCGAUAUGAGUUUCUCUGACAUUCAAUUCAAGCAUGAUAUUAAGGAGUACUUAUCUGAAAGAUUUACCAGAAUCAUGUGUGAUCUGGAUGUGGAUUGUGAUGAGAGAAGAGGAAUAUGGUUCAACAAACUUCUUGAGACGUUGCCCAUCCCACCAGCUUAUACGAUUGUCAGAGUAAAUGAGCUCUUGUCUCAUCGAGAUGAAGUUCAACAACUCCUCCAGGAACGUAUUAACAAGCAGUACGAGCAGAAACGAGUAAAGCCACCAGCUGUAAUUCCGCACCCACUUCUGCGGGAUGUCCUUGUCAUACCCAGUGGUCAUCGUGAUGACCCAGAGGUCAAGCCGGAGAGUAUUGAGGUCAUCGUUGACCUUGCAUGUGGGAUGGCCGUUCUGAGGGGAGCAGAGAUUUUUGCACCAGGUGUAAUGGCGGCCCCAGUAGUAAUGAACAGAGGCGACACAGUUGCAGUCUACUCAGAUGUAAAGGGACUCUGUCGAAGAGGCAUGACUGCAAAGUUUGAAGGUGAAAGGCUGUUUUUAGGAAAUGGGAAGGCAGUCUUGAGCAGACAUGACAUCUUUGUCGCCUCUUCCAGUGGAACUGCUGUUGUAAUGACAGAUCCUGUGUUUGACUGCCCUUCUCUCAACUCCAUCCUUCCAUCAAAGAUCUUUCUGCAGAAUCUUCCUUCCAUCCUAGUUGGGCACAUUCUUAAUCCCCAGCCAGGGGAGAAGGUCCUAGACAUGUGUGCUGCUCCAGGUGGCAAAACAACUCACAUUGCAACUCUCAUGAAGGACCAAGGAACAGUUGUAGCCCUGGACAGGGCAUCCAAGAAAAUUGCAAGGAUAGAAGCGAAUGCAGCAGCCCUUCACUUGAAAUGCAUCAAUGCCUAUUGCUUUGAUGGUACCAAGGCGUGCAUCACUGGAACAGAGAUGGCAGAAGGAAAAGGUGACUGUCAACCCCCGUUUCCUAGGCUGACCUUUGACCGGGUACUACUUGAUGCCCCCUGUAGUGGGUUGGGUCAGCGACCAAGGAUCUACAGUAAGAUGAGUCUGAGUGAAAUAAAGUCUUAUCCUGCUCUUCAACGAAAACUAUUUUCUUCGGCGGUAAGUUUGCUGCAAGAAGGAGGCACCCUAGUUUACAGUACUUGCACAAUCACUAUUGAGGAGAAUGAAAGCCUUGUCGUCUGGGCACUCCAGAAACACCCAGAAAUGAGACUAGAGAAACAGGAACCUCAUUUGGGUGGUCCUGGUCUUCCCGUUCCAGGACUGAGCAGAGAGGAUCAGCAGAAGGUUCAGAGGUUCACACCAACAUCUCACCUAGCCAGUAGCAAUCGGGGAAGAACAGUGACCUGCGACAACGACACAAUAGGUUUCUUUGUAGCUAAAUUUGUGAAAUUAACAACAGGUGACAGAUGAGUGAUUGAUUGUUGAAGUUUAUAUGUGGAUUACAGUCCAAAAUGAUAUAAUUGAAGAAAAAAAAUGCCUACCUAUCUAUGACUCUGAAUGUGAUAAAGGUCUUGGAUUUUUGUUAUUCAUUUUUCGUAUGACUUUGUAAGAAGCUAUGAUGAAUUUCAAAUCUUAUGAAAAAUGGAUAAGAAAUAUCUUGAUAAGAACAGAUCCUUCCUAUGUGUACUAAAGUAUCUAUUUUUCUGAUAAAAAUGCUAAAUUCCAUUCGUUAAUGAUCGUUUUUUCUUUAUAGUCUAUUUGUUAUUUAACAGUUCUCAAAAAAAUAUUUUUGAGCAAGUUUUUAGUUAGGCAGUCUUGGUGGAAAGUAACAAAUGAAGGCCACAUAUUUUUAACCUUAUAUCUUUUUUUUUCAAAUUUCAUUUUGAAUUUGUGUCGGUAUAUUAAGAACUGAAUGCACCAAAAGUUGAUUACAACUUUUAUUCACUACAUGAAGACUAGAUCUAGAUGUAAGGAAGUCGUAACAAAAAGAAAACAACAAAAAUGUCCAAAUAUUGCUAACCCUUUAUAGCGGGGUGAAAGUUGGGAUUGUUAACAUCGAGAAUUUUGGGGAAAGUUUGUUUGCCUUCCUGUUAUGAUAUGUAUUGUUUUCGUAAGACACAUCUCAGAAUUUAACUCAUCAAACAAGACUAGACUCCCUUCAAACUGUUGAAGUUGUUUCCUGAUCCUAAUGGGAGCCGUCCUAACAGAAUUGGGUGAUAGCUCUACCCCAAAACUCCCAACUCUAAGACCAACAGGAUUUUUAUGUGUUCUAUAGUGGGACGAAAAACAUUAGGUUGCUUAAAACAUUCAAAGGCUAAAAGCGAAGCAUCCAAAUAUUUAUCCCGGCUAUCAAGGGGAACAUCUACAAACAUUUGUAAAAUAUUGGCACCAAUUAAGACUUUGCCAUUGCCUGUCUAUAUUCCUGUUUAACAACAAGAAAAUGUCCCAUCUUUGAAGCUCCAAUAAUCUGUAGCGGAACCUGGACAUACUCAACUAUAGGUAAUUCAGCCCCAUUCAUACCUGAAAAUAAAAAUCUUGAUCUUCUGUGCCAGUCGCUCGUUAAACUAAGCUUCAUUGAUGAAUGAUGCUUCUGCCCCAUCGUCUUACCAAGGAGUAGGUAUGUCAAAUGAAUUGAUCAAUACUUAUCGACUUUUAGCAACUACAUGUACCUUAUCUUCAUCUUUGUGAUUACUCUAUGAAACAGAGGCUCUGAGUAUUAUGAGUCUACCUCACCUGGCCUACUACAGUGGGGGAGGUUCCACGUUUCCUGGCAUGACCGGUCCUUGCCUCCCAUCUUUACUCCCUUGAUUCCAAUUAAAUUUACAAACCCUGUUACUAUGUCCCUGUUCAUUGCAAUUAUAACAUACUAGAGUUGGGCAAUUUAUCUUACGAUGACCAGUCUGAUUACAAUUAGGACAAUUCACUUUGCGAUUAAUUAACAUAUCCAGUUGUCAGAAUCUGAUCCCCCCACUAGGUGGCGGGCUUCGUCCCUCAUCUCUUUAAAAGUUUCAGCCGUCCCAGCCAAUUUGAGGCGUUUCAGCUCCAAUCUAACAGGUCCACUACCUGCCCCAGCUGCAAAUUUGGCAAUGAGAGACUCCUUCAUAAGGGUAGAGGUUUUUGCAUCAGUCCCUAACUUGAUUGCCCUAUCAUACAAAUAGAUAAGAUCUCUUCUAAAUUCCACCGUGCUGUUUGCAGUGUGGACUUGGAUGGCUGUUGACCUUGUUUCGUGUGUUAUGCAAAAUUCAUCUAAUAUAUAAAUUAUGAUUGCAAAUUAAAAAAAAAAACUGUCCACAUGAGUCUUGCUCUGUAAAGUAAGAGCUUCAAUUUAGCAAUUUAACAGUUAAAAAUGGUCCGCAUGCACUCAGGAGCACCUUCUGCGACUUCAUGUAGUCUGUAAACUUGAAGUUUAGGAUUUCGCCAAAAGACCACUCAACAGUGAUGCGUACUUUGGUCAUGGCUGAAUUAAAUGCCUCCUGGUCUUGAAUAAUCCGUACGGUUGUAAAGGGUGCUUGAAGUUGUGGUUGCAAUGGGUCUGCGGGAUCCCCAUACAGACAGAGUGUAUUCCCCACUGCGUCCUGUGAUCUAGCCUCCAGCUUGGUCAGGAGCCCAGAUUCAUGCAGAAGGAAUACGUCAUGCCUCCUGCCUUCAACUGGGCCAGAGAGAUGGGCUAUGAGGCCAUGGGGGGGUUGUCACCGACUGAUACUUCAGCUUGUUGAGUCUCUUAUGCCCAUUAUACAUCGCUUGCUGGUGCUGAUUUGGCCCGCAUAUUGGCCGAACAGUUCCGUCAACAAACCCCCAGCAAUUGCUUUGAGCGGCACCCUUCCUAUGUGUGGCAUCAGCAAAGGCCUUCAAGUUCUAUGGGGAUAGCCAGGGCUGAUCUAAUGAGGCAAUGAGGUGCUUGUAACUAAUAUAGAUGAAGUUAGUAAUCCAAUUAAAUGUCAAGCAGAGUUGAGGAACUGGACGACCAUAGUCCUUGAUGAGGUCACCGUAUCUACAAGGAUAUGCAUACCUUUGAAGGGUGAUGCACAAGGCUUCAAGACCAUUGAUACUCUUCGGUACCCCCAAUGCAUGCUUCAGCCGAUAUAUGUCAGCUUUCUGAAAUCUGUAGAGAACAGAAUACACAGAAACUUAGUUUUCUAAUUCAAUAGAUUAUAUCAGGUUUUUACAUAGAAUUUCAAAAAGACUGCGUAUGGAAAAUAUUCAAACUGAAAAUAUGCAGUUUCAUGUAACUUUGAAAACGUUUAAUGUGUUUGCAAAUCCAUCCAAGGUUGUGCAGCUUUUUUGGGUUGCAAAUUCAGCCAUAUGAAUGACCCCUUAUUUUACUACUCUGAGUUUGCAAUGGGUCACAUUUUCUUAGACUUUUGCAGAGUUUUCAGCAUUUCAAUAUUUGGAAGGGUCCCACUUUUACUGAUUUUUCAGCAAUUUGGUAUAGGGAUGGGUUGUAAAAACAAGGUAAAAGUUGAAAAGUAUAGUUAUGGGUUCCAUCUGAAAAUCUUGUGCGGUACACCUGUACCAAAAAUUAAGGCGAGUAACCCCCCCCCCCCCCCCCCGAGGAAAGACUAGCAUUUAUUUAUUAAUAAAGUACAUUAAAAGCACCAAGGUAUUGAUUGCCAUUCAACCCAAGGCCUAGUCCCUACUUCUCACAUAUUAGAUUUUUAUCUCAUCAAAUAUAUGCACAAAGCAUGUAAACACAAAAUAAAAAGGCCUCAUUUAAUACAAAUGUGCAAUUAACAAAUAGAUCUAUGCAUAGAUAUGCCAUGAAGAUUAUUCCAGAAAUUUACAUCUGUUUUUUUUCCUCUAUUUUUACCCGGUCAUUACAACAUUCGAUAUGAAAUAAUAUCAGUUCAAAUACAACAGCAACUCACAGGAACAUAAUGGGGACAAAGAAUAAAAGUAACAAAGAGAUCCGGAUUGUGUUGUGUAUCUGCCUGUUAAUUGAAAAUAUCUGUCAACUUAUAUACUCUUGGCCUCUUGGCCAACAUCAAAAUAGUAUCCACGGAAACAUAAAAAUAUUUGAAUAAACAGAAAGC